GUUACAUCGAUGCUGGCUUAUUAUUGUGUUUAAUAUUAUUUACAUUAUUAUUAUAAUUGUUAUUACAUGUUUUUUUUUGUGGUUGUGGUGAAAGAAGUGUCGACUUAAGUGUGUCUGGGGUUUGAAAGUAACGAGCUGAGUGCCUUUCUAACUGAAUAUCAGAGUGCGUGAUGCCACUCGACGACGAGCGUGGGGGUGUGGAUGAUUCGAAGGUAGGCUCUUCUCCUGCUGCAGCCAGGCUGGCCCUGAGUGUAGAGGAGAGGAGUCAGAAGUGUUUCUGUUUCAGAGAGAGAGAUGGAAUCGAGUUAGGAGAUGAAGAGCAGGGAGGAAAGUUGGCUUCGGGAAAUUCAGAGGAAACAAAGAAUAUGAAUAUGAAUAGCUUUCUCUAUUUACAACUUCAACAAAGAGUUAGUGUUUUGGUACACGUUCUUUUAUUUAUCCAAAAUGACCACAAGUUCAAGUGUUUGUGUGUAUAACUCUGUACUUUUUACUACAGACCAGUGCCAUGUUGUGUGUUGGACUGCUGCUCAUCAGAUGACGCUAACAUCCAGUACAUUCUUGCUUACAGACAAUCAGCCAGCAAUUCUGCCGAAUUGAACUGUUUGGUAAAUUAAUCCCAAACUUUCCAGGAGUAUUCUAAAUUUCUCUCGAUGACUGGGGACGCUGAAGAGGUCACAGCUUUCGAGCGAUUCUGUGUGGAUAAGAUUUGUUACAGUUGAUUUUUGUUGUUUUGCAUUUUUUCCCUGUAAACGUGCCUUAACUAACACGAGCAACACAAUGUUAAACGACUGCCUUCUUACUUUGGUCAUAAUUUUCAGAGACUUCUUAUACCUGUUGUUAUUCUUGAUUGGGGGAAGGCAACAGAGCGUGCUCUAUUUCACAUCAGCACUUGCUGUGCUUACACACGACAGUCACUCUUUAAUUUAGAAUGAGCAGAUCAGAUUUUCAACUAAAAGUCAACAAUCAACAGUGCAAUAUUACUGCAAUAUUAUUAAAAAAAUUAAAAAAAAAUAGCAGUAAUGCUGUUUUGCUAAUCUAGAGCUUUGUUUAUUGUAGAUUUUAUUUAUUAAUUUUUUUUAAUGAAUCAAAUUUUAAAUUGGAGUGCACGGAUGGGUCAAGACCGUCUUUAACCAUGAUUUAAAAAAACAUACAAAGAUGACAAUUACAAAGUUAUUUACAACAUGAUCAUACGCACAGUUUUGACAUGUUAAGAAUAUUACAGUAAUGGUCAAUACACAGCAUUCAGAUAGCUUUUUUUCAGUUAUUAUUUUUUUGUAACUUUUUUAGUUGCUAUGCAUUGUUUUAGGAAAGGGAAACAGGGUUUUCACCACUGUACAGUGUUACAUCUCAGGUGUUGUUUAAACUUCGGAAGCUGCUCCUUGGUUGUUUUUUUUGUUUUUCUUUCUCCAGACCGAAGUGGAUAGUUCAAAUUUCACAUCAGAUUUAAUCAUCUGUUGCAUUGUUCAAAACAUAGUUUAGCUAUUUGUUAUGACUGUGUCCAGUGGUGGUUUAAGGUAGAGUAGCAGCAUUGUGUGUGUAAACACAGCCAAAGUUUUGUCUGCGAGCUGAUAAAAUGUGAUCCAUCACAGAUGAUGUGGUGAUGCAUCGCCUCACUGAGAUUGUCACUGCUCUGUUGCUGUUUCCCCAUUCAUUUUGUUCUCUCUCAGCUGGUCCAGACAUCUAACACUUCUCUAAAUAUCAUUGACUGCAUUGCCAAUCCACACUGACCAGGAUGAACUGCUCCUUUAACAAGAAAAGAUAAAACAAAACAAAAAAAGCUUUAUAAUUACAGCCAUGGCUCUCUGCUGAGUGUGUGAGUGCCACAAAGUGUGUGAGGUGUUUCUUGGAUAUGUUUCGUUUUUCUGUUUUUAAGGUUUGAGAGUAGUGACUGACAAUCUUUGACUGACUUUGUCCUCUAUUCUGAUUUCUUCUCAAGACUUACUCAUGUAUCCUUUACAUUUUGUGUUUUUACUCUACAAAGUCUUUGCUUGUCUUUAAUGUGUGAUAAAAUUCUGUUACUCUUGAAUUUAUAUUUAUACAGAUAUACAUAUUUUUUUGUAUCUUUUCUCCUUUUUCCCCCUCCCCCGAGUUCCCCUGUGCUAAUGUUAAAACAUGUCUACACAGUAUUAUAGAUGAUGUAAUUUGGACAGCUCUCUCUUUUUUUUACAUUUAUGUAUGAACUGAGAAUUUGUAAAUUCUUUCACUGUCCUUGUGUGUAAAAUAUAUGUAUAAAUUAAAUUAACCAGCUUGGAUUCUCGUGAAUUACUUUAUAAAAGGAACAUGACACAGAAGUUCCGUACUGAUUGAUAGAAACAUGAAUUCAAAAGUUUGUACAGUUUGACUUUGCUUAAAAAAUGUAUUAACUCCUGAAACUUAGUUUUUAAACUUGGUAGUUUAAAAGUUAGGGGGUUGAUGUUACUUAAAAAUAGGAUAACAUCAUUGAAAGUUGCAAUAUUUUCAACACUUGAAAGAAUCCUAAUUGCUGUGCCUAACUUACCUACAUUCUGACAGAUGUUUGAAUAUAAGGAGCUCUUGCUUAACUCUUGCUUUAAAAAUUUGAUAUGUAACAUGUAUGUAGCUUCUUACAGUUUGUUGUUAUGUUGUUACAAAGAACAGGAGUAUUUAGCUUCAUGGCCACAUAUGGGCGAAUUUGAGCUCAAGUCGAGUAUACUGUCAUUACAGGCAGAUUAUAGAUCAGAGGGGAGAGGCAAAAAAAAAGGAACCAACAAUGACUGUAUUUUACAUCUUUCUGAUUUCUGUCUAGAAAUACAAUUCCCACCCGUGAAGUGAACAGCAAUGCAUUGUAUUAAUAAAGUAGAGUAAUGACUUCACUUUGCUAAGCCUUACAAUGGGCCAGUUUGAAACCUUUGGCAUAGUGAAGACUACAGCAUAAGUGCAAUAUAAGUGACAUUUUAGUAUUAAUUGUAUAAUCUACACAAUACUGACACUUAUAUAGCCAUAAUAUAGCAUAAUCUUUAGGUUAUUCUGAAAAAUCUGCUAUCAAAUUGAUCAGAAAUAUGACAGAAAUGUAACCGUUAUUGCAAUAGUAAAGAACAAAAAACUUAUUAGUAACUUAUAAGUAUACGUGUGUACGUUUAAACAAAUGUUGAUUUAAAUUUUAAAAAAUAUCCAAGAAUAACAUUCAUUUUCAGGUCGAUUGUGGAUGUAUCUACUUCUAAUCCAUUCCCAACAACACCAAUAAUAAUAAUAAUAACUGAAUAUGUUGCUGGCUGCACGAGCCGUCACAGUGGCAACCACAAACUUGUUGUGGUUACCUAACCCGCCGUGUGCACGCGACGGGUAACCAGCGCAGUAAUCCCACAAUGCAGAGCGCAUGGCGCGUCAUUGGAGAGGGACGAUGAUGGCGGCGGUCGGUGCACCAGAAGUGAUCACACAGCUGGAAAGCGCUGCCAAAGUUUUAAUGGCACCGCCGUCUAUGGUCAGCACAGAGCAGAGACAGCAUGCUGAACAUGUAUUCCUCUCCUUCAGGAAGUCCAAGUCCCCCUUUGCCAUUUGCAAGCACAUCUUGGAGACCAGUAAGGUGGACUAUGUGCUUUUCCAGGCAGCCACAGCCAUCAUGGAGGCUGUCGUGCGGGAGUGGAUCCUGCUGGAAAAGACCAGCAUCGAGUCACUCCGGGCAUUCCUUCUCACCUACGUUUUGCAGAGACCCAAUCUGCAGAAGUAUGUGCGUGAGCAGAUCCUGCUAGCUGUGGCGGUCAUCGUGAAGAGAGGCUCGCUGGACAAAAGCAUCAACUGCAAAAGCAUCUUACUCGAGGUCGGACAGCUCAUCAGCAGCGGGAACCCUGCAGUGCAAACGCUGGCCUGCUCCAUCCUGACCGCUCUGCUCAGUGAGUUCUCCAGCUCCAGUAAGACCAGCAGCAUCGGCCUCAGCAUGGAGUUCCACGGUAACUGCAAGCGACUGUUCCAGGAGGACGGCCUCCGCCAGAUCUUCAUGAUGACCAUGGAGGUGCUGCAGGAGUUCAGCCGCCGAGAAAACCUCAAUGCCCAGAUGUCUUCUGUCUUCCAGCGCUACUUGGCUUUGGCCAAUCACGUCCUCAGCUGGAACUUCCUGCCUCCCAAUUUGGGGCGCCACUACAUCGCCAUGUUCGAGGCCACGCAGAACGUCACACUUAAGCCCACAGAGACCUGGAGGGAAGCGCUAUUGGACACACGUGUCAUGGACCUCUUCUUCACUGUACACAGGAAGAUUCGAGAGGACUCUGACAUGGCCCAGGAUUCCCUUCAGUGCUUGGCCCAGCUGGCCUCCAUGCACGGGCCUGUAUUCCCAGAUGAGAACGCCCAGAUCUCUUACCUGGCCCACCUGAUGGAGGGGCUGCUCAGUAUGAUCAAUGGGAUUGAGAUCGAGGACUCGGAGGCAGUCGGCAUUUCUAAUAUCAUCUCCAAUCUGAUCACCAUGUUCCCACGGAGUAUUUUAACGGCACUGCCCAGCGACCUCUUUACCUCCUUCAUCAACUGCCUCACGCUGCUCACCUGCUCGUUUGGACGCAGCGCCGCCCUGGAGGAAGUGCUGGAUAAGGAUGACAUGGUUUACAUGGAGGCCUAUGACAAGCUGCUGGAGUCGUGGCUAACGCUCGUGCAGGACGAGGAGCAUUUCCCUCGCGGGUGCUUCGUGCAGCCAGCCAUCCAAGUUUUCAACUCAUACAUCCAGUGUCACUUGGCAGCUCCCGACGGCACGCGCAACCUGUCGGUGAACGGGAUUUCCUCUCACGAUGAGGAAGAGAUCAACGAGCUGCAGGAAGACGACAGAGAGCUGUUCUCAGACCAGCUGUCCAGCAUUGGCAUGUUGGGACGUGUGGCAGCUGACCACUGUAUCCCUCUGCUCACAAGCCUGCUGGAGGACCGAGUAACGCGACUGCACGGCCAGCUGCAGAGGACCCAGCAGCACCUUAUGGCCUUGUCUGACCUUGGAUCAGUGGACCGUAAAGUCCUGGAUGACUUAUAUGAGGACAUUCACUGGCUCAUACUGGUCUCAGGUUAUCUACUAGCAGACGAUCCUCAGGGUGAAACCCCGCUGAUCCCCUCAGAGGUGAUGGAGUUCUCCAUCAAACACUCAACAGAGGUGGAUAUCAAUACAACGCUGCAGAUCCUCGGCUCACCGGGAGAAAAGGCCUCGUCCAUACCGGGCUGCAACCGCACAGACACUGUGAUCAGGUUGCUGUCAGCAGUGUUGAGGACGUCAGAAGUGGAGUCCAGGGCAACCAGAGCGAAUCUGACGGAGCUUUUGAGCCCGCAAAUGGGGAAGGACAUCGUGUGGUUCCUCAGACGAUGGGCUAAGACGUAUCUGCUCGUGGACGAGAAGCUCUAUGGGCAGAUCAGCAUCCCCCUCAGCACAGCGUUUGGUGCCGACACAGAGGGGGCCCAGUGGAUUGUGGGAUAUCUCCUGGAAAAGGUGAUCAACAACCUGACCGUGUGGAGCUCAGAGGCUGAGCUAGCCAACGACACCGUGGAGCUGCUGGUGACGCUGGUAGAGAAGCGGGAGAGGGCAAACAUCGUGGUGCAGUGUGAGAGCUGGUGGAACCUGGCGAAGCAAUUUGCCAGCCGCAGCCCACCUCUCCACUUGCUGUCCAGCUCCGUGCAGAGGACUCUGAUGAAGGCUCUGGUCCUGGGAGGCUUUGCACAAAUGGACUCUGAUGCCAAGCAGCAGUACUGGGCUGAGGUGCUUCACCCGCUCCAGCAGCGUUUUCUUAACCUCAUCAACCAAGAGAACUUUGCUCAGAUCAGCCAAGAAGAAGCUGUCAAACAGGAAAUCGUCGCUACGUUGGAGGCGUUGUGUGGCAUCGCAGAGGCGACGCAGAUCGACAACGUGGCCUCACUCUUCUCUUUCCUCAUGGACUUCCUGUCCAGCUGCAUUGGCCUCAUGGAGGUUUACAGUAACACACCGGAAACAAUCAACCUCAUCAUUGAGGUUUUUGUGGAAGUGGCUCACAAACAGAUCUGUUACCUGGGAGAGACCAAGUCCAUGAAGCUGUACGAGGCGUGCCUAACGCUGCUGCAGGUCUACUCCAAAAACAACCAGAGCAGGAAGCGAAGCGAUGCCACGGCCGAGGAGGACCAGUACCAGGACCUGCUGCUCAUCAUGGAGCUGCUCACAAACCUGCUCUCCAAAGAGUUCAUCGACUUCAGCGACACAGAUGAUGUGUUUCGAAAUCAAGACCAGGGAACACCAGCAUCCAAUCGAACAGUAUCCGCUGCAGAUGUCGUUCUCUAUGGUGUCAAUAUAGUUCUUCCGCUCAUGUCUCAGGACCUGCUCAAGUUCCCCUCUUUGUGUAACCAGUACUACAAACUCAUCACCUUCAUCUGUGAGAUCUUUCCAGAAAAGAUCCCACAGCUGCCAGAAGACCUCUUCAAGAGCCUCAUGUUCUCCCUGGAGCUGGGAAUGACCUCGAUGAGUUCUGAAAUCAGCCAGCUGUGUUUGGAGGCUCUGUCUCCUCUGGCUGAACAGUGCGCUAAAAACCAGGAGAAGGACUCUCCUCUCUUUAUCGCCACCCGUCAUUUCCUCAAGUUGGUGUUUGACAUGCUGGUCCUGCAAAAACACAACACAGAGAUGACCGUGGCGGCAGGAGAAGCCCUCUACACACUCGUGUGCCUGCACCAGGCGGAGUACUCGGAGCUGGUGGAGACCCUGCUGUCCUCUCAGAGAGACGCCAUAAUCUACCAGCGGUUAGCCGACGCCUUCAACAAGCUGACAGCCAGCAGCACGCCACCCACCAUGGACCGCAAGCAGAAGGUUGCCUUCCUCAAAAGCCUGGAGGAGUUUGUAGCCAACGUCGGCGGCCUGCUCUGCGUGAAAUAACCACUGGAAAACCAAACCGGCCUCUAAUCAUCGUCGUUCUGAAAAGCAACCAAUCAAAGACGUCCCCUGCUUCAUCCCUGAGAACUAUGGGUAGAAGGGACGGCUGAAAGCCUCGGAGGACCUCUCUGGCAGCUGGGGCCGGUUGAUCUCAUGCCCGAAUGUUUACCCUGUUUUCACCUCCUUGGAUGUCUUCUCCCCCCCCCCUCCCUCCUCCUACUGUUACACCCGCCUGCCCAGCACGAUCAGCAGACGCGAUGAAGAGGAGGAGGAGCUAAUUGUGGAGACUAAACUGCUGAGCAGAUGGACUCAGAGGUUCAUGUUAGACUUAAGCAACUGAGCACGGACUGUCAAGCAGCAGCCGAUGAUUGCUGGUGUCCUCCCUUUCCACCUCCUCCUGCUCCUCCUCCCCCUCCUCAUGUGCCUGGAUCUUUCUACACACACACACACACACACACACACACACACACACACACACA